AUGACCCGGGGAAGAUGGCUGCGUUGACAGCAGAAAACUUUGCUGCGCUCCAGAGCCUGCUGAAGGCCUCCUCGAAAGAUGUUGUCAGACAGCUAUGCCAAGAGAGUUUUUCCACUUCAGCCCUUGGCUCGAGAAAACUCCUGGAUAUUACGUGUUCCAGCUUGUCUGUGACCCAGGAGGAGGCAGAGCAAGGCUCCCCGUCUGUCCUGCAGCUGCUCCAGGCUCUGCACCGCCUCACCAGGCUGGCGGCAUUCCGUGACCUGUCUUCCGCCGAGGCGGUUCUGGCUCUCUUUCCUGAAAAUUUCCACCAAAACCUCAAAAACCUGCUGACAAAAAUCAUCCUUGAACACGUAUCUACUUGGAGAACUGAAGCCCAAGCAAAUCUGAUCUCCCUGCCACGCCUGGUCGACCUGGACUGGAGAGUGGACAUCAAAACGGCCUCAGACAGCAUCAGCCGCAUGGCUGUGCCCACCUGCCUGCUGCAGCUGAAGAUCCAGGAAGAUCCUAGUCUGUGUGGGGACAAACCCUCCGUCUCAGCUGUCACCAUGGAGCUGAGCAAGGAAACGCUGGACACUAUGUUAGAUGGGCUGGGCCGCAUCCGAGACCAGCUUUCUGCCGUGGCCAACAAAUGAGCCCAGCCAGCUGCCAGCCCCACUGCCCUGCCCCAGCUGCUCGUCAGUAAUGGAGCACCUCCCAGGACCAGGCGGCCUGCCCUUGGUAGCAGCAGCCACAGCUGACCGCAGGCGGGAUGCUGGGGACCGAGAGGAUGCUGCCAUCCAGAAGGGAGGAGGCACCAUGCUGUUCUCCUCACUCAUCUUUUUUCUCUUUCCGAAGCUGGUGAGCAGAAGACUCCAUCUUUGAAAGGCUCCUAUGUACGACUUCAUUCCCACUGUGGCAGUGUGAGGGAGCAUUUGCUUCAUCAGCCGCCUCUGCAUGACCGAUUGGAAGAUUCAGGCCCAAAUUGUAGAGCUUGUCUAAUAAGUUCCUUUCCAGCAUUAGCUCUAAUUAGUGCAUUUCCAACCCGGAACGCAUGGUGGGAAUCAGGUGGGUGAUGCCAGCAGUCCCUGCUUCUCUGUCUGAGAAGCCAGGCAGAGCCUCGGAGCAGGGCCAGCACGGUGUGGCCCACCCUGCCCUAAGUCGGGGGCCUUCCCAAGCUCCCUCAGCCCUACUGGACCACCUUCCAGCACAGGAAGUCUGAAAUGGGGGCUAACCCCUUUCUUUGUGAAGCUUGGGACCCCUUCCUUGAUACAAUGCAGCUACUCCAGGGUGAAGAAGGGGGAGUGAUUGGAAAUAAAUAACGGUUCUGAAAACUGCA